AUGGACAUCACUUCCAUGCAAAUGGUUUCAACAGCAACAAAGCCGGGGUUCAACCAAAAGCCUUACAAUCAUAAUACCAAGAAUAAUUACAGGGCCGGUAUAUCAUGCAGGGCCGGUAAUUUAGCCAUGCAGAGAGGAAAGGCCAAUUUUUAUGAAGUUCUGUCUCUUGCUUAUGCCGAGAACGUGUGCUUAUCUGACAUAAAAAAAGCUUACCGGAGAAUGGUGCUUCGGUAUCACCCAGAUGUUUGCCCUCCCUCUGCCAAAGAGGAAUCCACGAAGCGAUUUCUUGAGCUCCAGAUGGCUUACGAGACACUUUCGGAUCCGGUUUCUCGUGAAAUGUAUGACUGUGAGCUGGGUUUAGGGUUUAUGGAGGAGGAGGAGGAUAGAGAAUCGAGAUUUCCCAGAAAUGUUUGGGAAAAACAACUCGACGGAUUAAAGAAACGGGGUCAAAUGGGGGCUUCUACCGAAGGAGGCGAACCGAAGCUUCCGAAUGGGACCGAAGCGAAGAAAAACGAGAAGCACGAAGAAACGACUGCUCAGAACACAACCUCAGAACCAAGUGACAAAAAGAGAAAUAAAGAACCGAGAGACUUGCCCGAAAAGACCGUGACGUGCGAACUGACAAGCUGGAUAGAAUCAUGGGAGCAGUGUGACGUUCUUACGGCAGCCGCUGUGAUCGGAACUGUUCCAACCGUUGCCGUGGCUUAUAGCUAUUAUAGAAGGUCAGGCUGA